UACAGGACAGGAUAGGACAACAUAUACUAUUAUACUAUACUCUUUGGGAUAGGAGAACUGAAGCAAUCUGGACAGCAGAUAUUUGUAUUGUAUUGCUAGUGAUAUUAUUCCACGGAUUGCAUGAAUACUCGUAAUUAUUUUCAACAUUUACCGUACUACAUUUAAUAGUUCUACUUGUAUGAAAUGAAUAUUUAUUUCCAAUAUUUAAUAUUUCCUUUCAUCAGAUGUAUGAACGGACUCGGGAAACUUUCUACAUUUUCUAAUUGUUAGGUCUUGCUCGAGGAUCGAGGAAAACAAAGUGAAGAAGUCGCUAGUCGCUAUGUGAUUAGCAAGUCAAAGUUGCUUGCAUUUUGAAAAAGAAUAAAAGUAAAUAUUGAAGAUGGGAGACUCAGACAUUACUUAUGGGUCGACUAUGUCGGCAGAGUCUAUGAAGGUGAUUGCUGAAAGUGUAGGUAUCGCGACCCUCGGCGACGACGCUGCUAAAGAUCUCAGUGACGACGUAUCAUAUCGACUCAAAGUGAUCGUGCAGGAUGCUAUGAAGUUUAUGCAUCACUCCAAAAGACAAAAACUAUCAAUUACUGAUAUUGAUCAUGCGCUAAAGGCUAAAAAUUUUGAGCCUCAAUACGGAUUUGUUCAGCCAGAUUCAUUACCCUUCAGAUUUGCAUCUGGGGGUGGAAGGGAGUUGCAUUUUAUAGAAGAGAAAGAAAUUGAUUUAAAUGAAAUUUUGUCAGCACCUCCACCAAAGAUUCCAUUAGAUGUUUCUCUGCGAGCUCAUUGGUUGAGUGUGGAAGGGGUGCAGCCAACUGUACCUGAGAACCCACCCCCACUUUCCAAGGAAUCCCAAAAACUGGAAUCAGUUGACCCCAUCAGCAAGCUCAGUAAACCUGCCAACAAGGAUUCAGCAGGUAAACCAAUAUGCGGGAAGGCAGCACGGUUGAAGGCGUCCGAGUCGGUGCACGUGAAGCAGCUGGCCACGCACGAGCUGAGCGUCGAGCAGCAGCUCUACUACAAGGAGAUAACCGAGGCCUGCGUCGGCAGCGACGAGGGGCGCCGCGCGGAAGCAUUGCAGUCUCUGGCGUGCGACCCAGGGCUGCACGAAAUGUUGCCGCGGAUGUGUACUUUCAUUUCUGAAGGUGUCAAAGUCAAUGUUGUGCAAAACAACUUAGCAUUGCUGAUAUACUUGAUGCGGAUGGUCAAAGCGUUGCUGGAUAAUCAAUCACUUUAUCUGGAGAAAUAUCUUCAUGAACUAAUUCCGUCGGUAUCAACCUGCAUAGUUUCUCGGCAACUUUGCCUAAGGCCUGAAAUGGACAAUCAUUGGGCUUUGAGGGAUUUUGCUGCACGCCUUAUGUCUCAAAUUUGCAAGACUUUCAAUACCUCUACGAAUAAUUUACAAACAAGAGUCACACGAUUAUUCGCAAAGGCUCUUCAAUGUCCUUCUCAAACGGACAAUGAACCUGGUGCUGGGCCAUCAAUGGCUAACAUGAAGGAAUCAGAAAAGACACCACUCGCUUCACUCUAUGGAGCAAUACAGGGGUUAGCAGAACUGGGUCCAGAAGUUGUGAAGGUGUUGAUCUUACCGCGCGUGCGGUGGCUGGGCGAGCGCGUGGAGGGCGCGCUGACGGGCACGGGCGGCGCCGACCGCCUGGCCGCCGGCAACCUCAAGCACCAGCUGCUCAAGGUGCUGGCGCCCGUACUGCGCCAGCUGCGCCAGCCGCCUGAUCAGCCUGACGACUACAAGCGCGACUACGGUUACCUGGGCCCGAGCCUGCAGCAGAUGGUGAGCAAGCUGCGCGCGUCCCCGGCGAGCGGCGCGGCGGGCGGCGCCGUGGCCGUGGUCACGUGCACGCCGCCGCUGCUGCCGCCCGCGCCGCCCGCGCCGCCCGCGCCGUCCGCGCCGCCCGCGCCGCCCACGCCGCAUCUGCCGCACUCCGGGCUCGCCUCCAAGACCGUUGAUAGCCUGUGCACCCGAAACGUGAUGAUGAGCGCCGGGCCCGGGCCGCAGUCGCCGUCGCCGGCCACUCCGCCGCCCCAGAAGUUCGUCAUUGUUUCCCAGCCGAAACCGCCACAGAGUCAGCCGCCGAGUAGCGCAGGGCACGUGGUAGUGCACACGCACAGCUCGCAGCCCUCGCGGCCCCAAAACGUACAGUCGGUGGUGGUGACGAGCGGGCCGGCGGGCGCCGCCCCGCCGCCGCAGAAGCUGCUGGUGGUGGGCCUGCCGCCAACGCCCGUAUCCAUCGCGCCCCCGCCCGCGCACUCGCCCGCAGCCGCAUCCUCGAGCCAGGCGCCGGUGUCGGUGGUGACGAAGCCAGCGUUCGCGCGCGGCGGCAGCGCGCCGCAGCCGCCGCCGCCGCCCGAACUGGACGACCUGUCGCACCUCGCCUGACGGCCCUCCCGCGCCACCACGCAACCCAAGAAGAAAUCCUCCUGACACGUCGCAUCCAAAUCUUCCUCUACCAGUCCUCUACCAUCGAGAACAAAAAAAACCAAUAGACUUUAAUAUUUUCUCAAAGAUAAUCAUAAUUAUAUGGGUUACUUUACUUUUGUACACUACACAGCCCAUACACAGUUAAGGCGGUUCCCUGAGCCAGAAGGCGAAAAAUCUCCUUAUAUGAUCAUGUUUUUCUAAGAGGCGUUGAUAUUCGUAGACGUGGAAAAAAUAUAUGUAGUUCUUGGCUAUAUUAUCUUUAACAACAUAGCUUUCGAUAUAUGAAUUAUGACACUUCGCUCGAUACAAUUAAUUCCUAAAGUAACCUCUAACUCGGAAUUUUAAUCCUACUUUACUCGGUUAUUUAUUAUGUGAUGCUAUAAACAAAAAAAGAAGAAAAAACAAUCUUAACGUAAAUAGUAAUUUCAUAGCUUUAGAAUUUCGAUAUUGUAAGGUAACGUUUUUAAAAUAAAUAAAAACCGACUAAAUUCGAUCAAAAUUGACACUUGGCGCGUAUGUUCUUUCCCGUUCUUUCUUGCGAAAUGUGACAAAGACAGCGGCAAACCGAUGGAACGGCCUUAAUAUGCACAAUGUAUUCCAAAUAAAUCAGUGAAGUGACUGGAUUUAUCCGUUUUAAAUCAAGGUAACGAUGCUUUUGAUGAAUGAGUUUGACUUAUGAGAGUUAUGAGUAUUUUUGUGACGAUGACAGCGGUAGCGGUAGAAGUUAAUAAUAAUAAUCAUGUUAUAAGAAAAAAAAUCGAAAGAGCAAAUACAAUCGACAGUAAAAAGAAUCUACAUUGUACUUUUUGUUAGAGUACGAGUACAAUGAUUUGUUGCUUGUUACGUUUCGUUUUUGAGUGGCGUUUUAUGGGGGUUGACGGUCCUCUAUUUACAUCGGCGUCUGGCGACCGCGAAUCAAAAUCCAUAAUCUGUUAAAUAGAUCAACCAAGUUUUUGAAUUAUGUGUUAUUCUGUCCAUAACGCGGGAGGUAAAAUAAAAGGUUUUAUUUAUAGUGUUAACUAUCUCUUAAGGUAGUAAAACAAGUUAUUUUAUAAGCAUAAUAGCGUAACCUAAAUAUAAGGUAGGUAUCGGCACAGAACCGUGCUACUACAGUUUACUUCUCCAUAUUUAUAACUGUUAGUAAAUUGAAUAAACGACUAUGUUUAA